CGCUCUUCUUGCUCUGGCUUCCAUGCCCGGGACCCUGGCAGGGUGGCUGGGAAGGCUGGACCCGAACCAGCUUCUGGGGCCCUGGUACGUCCUGGCCGUGGCCUCCCAGGAGAAGAACUUUGUGGUGGAGAAGAAUGUGAGGAGCAUCGAGGGCGUCAUGGUGACUCUCACACCGGAAAACAAGCUGAGAGUGCGGUCCUCCCUGCGCAGGCUGGAUGGUUGCCACCAGAGGACUGUGGAGCUACUGAAGCAAGAGUCCAGAUGGGUGUUUGAGAACCCCUCCCUGGGUGUGCUGGACUUCCGGGUGCUGGGCACCAACUUCAAGGACUACGCCAUCAUCUUCAUGCAGCUGGAGCAGGAGGACGAGGCCUUCAGCACCGUGGAGCUGUACAGUCGCACAGCCGUGGCCAGUCAGGAGGCCAUGCGGCUCUUCACCAAGUGGAGCAAGAGCCUGGGCUUCCUGUCCCACGAGCAAGUCCAGCUGCAGGAGGACCUCACCUGCGCACACGAGAUCGUCCAGGGUGUGCGCAGUGCUCUGUGACGGGGCCCUGUCUGGUCUGUCUGGAGCUGGGCCGGGCUGUGCUCUCUGUGGCUGGAGGAGGAGCUGGUGCUGCUCGCCGCUCCCACAGGACCCUCU